UUCCCACUUUCUCAGCAAAACUUGGAAUCUUUCUUCACUCAAUUUUGUCAAUUCAAUCUCUAGAAAGUUUAGUUUCUUUCCCAAAUUUCCCGAGAAAAUAUCAGUUCUUGCCCGUCUUGAUCUCACUCUCUACUAAUUUCCAUACCAAAAACCUCAAUUCCAGGUUCAAUGGCGGCCGAGAACUCGCUGAAAUCAAGAGAAGUCUCGGCGAUGAUAAAGCAGGGCUUCAUAUCGGACCGUACCCUCUCGUUCUCUCCCUCGAGAUCCAUCUCCAGGCUGUACUCGCCAUUGUCGCCGCCUUCCAAAACCCUCUCCUCACCGCCGCCGUUAUCGCCGUCGCCGGCGAACUCUCACGCCGCUCACAACCAGACGCUAUACGACAUGAUGUCGGAGGAGCAGCACCGCGAGUCGAGGCUCUCCGACGACAAGCGGCGGAAGCUCCACGAGAGGGUCGCGAAGCUCCUCGACAAGGCACCGUUCCGGAGCGGCUCAUCCUCCAGCGACGUGAGGCUCACGGUUGUCUCCAAGGACGGGUUUAGGGUUUCCAUGGACGUCCACGGGAGCGUUCUCUCUUCCAAGAGCCGGUUCUUCGCCGAUAAGCUCCGGCGAGAGCGCGGCGUCGCCCACUCGGUGGAGAUCAGCGAUUGCGACGACGUUGAGGUUUACGUGGAGACCGUGGUGUUGAUGUACUCCGAGGAUUUGAAGAAGAGGUUGAUCGGCGAGGAGGUCUCCAAGGUCUUGGGAUUGCUCAAG